CUGUUUUAGCGCAUUUGGCGAGUUAUUCUUCUGUCUAGAGAGCUAAUAGUUGAGUUGGUACAGCUAGCUGGCUGCGGUUAGCUAACUGAACGUUAUGCCAAAUUAUAUUUUACUAAGAGACAGUUAGGACACCACUAGCUUAAUUAAAGCACUUGUCACUGUGUGAUAGUUAAUUUAUUGUUAUACAACAAACAAUGGCCUCGGCUAGUAACACUGUCUCAUCGUUUGCGAGCAAAACAAAAACGAAGAAGAAACACUUCGUGGCUCAGAAAGUGAAGCUGUUUCGUGCCAGCGACCCUCUGCUCAGUGUUCUCAUGUGGGGAAUUAACCAUUCGAUAAACGAGUUGAGCCAUGUUCAAAUCCCCAUCAUGCUUAUGCCUGAUGACUUCAAAGCCUACUCGAAGAUUAAGGUGGACAAUCACCUAUUCAACAAAGAGAAUAUGCCAAGCCAUUUUAAGUUCAAGGAGUAUUGUCCUCUUGUUUUCCGUAAUUUGAGAGAGAGGUUCGUCAUCGAUGAUCAGGACUUCCAGAACUCUCUGACCCGCAGUGCACCACUCGUCAGUGAAGCUCAGGGCCGAAGUGGUGCACGCUUUCAUACCUCCUACGACAAGAGGUACGUUAUCAAGACCAUUAGCAGCGAGGAUGUGGCCGAGAUGCACAACAUUCUCAAGAAAUACCACCAGUAUAUUGUGGAAUGUCAUGGAUCCACACUGUUGCCACAGUUUCUAGGCAUGUACCGCCUCACUGUAGAUGGAGACGAGACUUAUAUGAUUGUCACUCGCAACGUGUUCAGCCACCGGUUGUCUGUGUAUAAGAAAUAUGACCUGAAGGGUUCUACAGUUGCCAGAGAGGCUAGUGACAAAGAAAAGGCUAAAGAACUGCCUACGUACAAAGACAAUGACUUUAUCAACGACGGACAGAAAAUAUACAUCGAUGACGAGAGCAAGAAAAUCUUCCUCAAUAAGCUUCAAAAGGAUGUGGAGUUCCUAGCCUUGUUGAAGUUGAUGGACUACAGCCUGCUGGUUGGGAUCCAUGACGUUGAGAGGGCAGAACAAGAGGAAGUAGAGAGCGAGGAUAAUGAGGGAGAGGAGGAAGGAGAGAGUGAUGGAGGGAUUGUGGGCACUCCUCCUGACAGUCCCAGUAACACUCUGGACAGCACUAAACCACUCUCGCCGGGAGAUUUCGACCCCAAUAUUGACGUCUAUGCCAUCAAAAGCCAUGACAAUUCUCCAAGAAAGGAGGUCUAUUUUAUGGCUGUUAUCGACAUCCUCCAGCAUUAUGAUGCCAAGAAAAAGGCUGCCCAUGCAGCCAAGACAGUAAAACAUGGGGCCGGGGCAGAGAUCUCCACAGUGAACCCAGAGCAGUACUCGAAGAGAUUCUAUGAUUUCAUCACUACCAUCCUGCCCUAGUCUGAAACAGCUGAGUCCACUGGGGGGAUGAAGAGAGGGACGCCAGC